AUGUCACAUGUAUUUGUCGACGGAAUCCAACAUCCCUCCAGUUUGGGAUAUCUGGAAGAAUCAACAUCAACUUGGAACGGUGACAUUGUCAAGUAUAAAGCAUUAAAGACAGGUGUAUUUAAAGCUUUGGUACCCCGAAUACGCCUGGUUUCGUGGCGUAGGAUUCAGGCUUAUGCGAUGGUGUCCUAUGGGCGGAUAAAGGUAAUUCACCUAGGCGAAAGAUCAGAAUCUUCUCAAAUGGAUUUUGCCCAGGCUGCAGCUCUGGCAUUCUACAUACUUUCAGCCCUGUUUUUUGAUAGCUUUGUCAUCAUUUUUGUGGUCACGGUUCUUCUUGCUGCCCUUGAUUUUUGGGUUGUUAAGAAUGUCAGCGGCCGAAUUUUAGUUGGGCUUAGAUGGUGGAAUGAAAUAAACGAGCAGGGUGAGAGUGUUUGGAAGUUUGAAUGCCUAGACCAACAGUCAUUGGCUCGUAUGAACAAGGAGGAUUCUUGGCUAUUUUGGUGGACCUUAUACCUUAGCGCCGCUGCUUGGGUCAUUCUAGGAAUAUUUUCAGUCAUAAGGUUGGAGGCUGAUUAUGUCCUAGUAGUUGCUGUUUGUGCAAGCCUCAGCAUAGCAAACAUUGUUGGAUUCACCAAGUGCCGCAAAGAUGCCAAGAAGCAGAUUCAAGGAUUUGCAUCCCAGGCUAUUACGUCUCAUUUCACAUCUACCAUACGGUCUGCACUGAGUGCUGUGUAA